AUGUUGAAACGCUCCAUUAUGCCUCGCAGACGCUUCUGGGCAGUCGGUCACGCUGCAGCGUUCGUGCUCACGUUCCUGGCGUUGAAUGCGGUCGGAGCGGAUGACUGCUUGUCGCUGCACGAUGAUGACGUGCGUGAGCUCGUCGAGGACGGUCCGCUGACGGUGCAUCUCGUCCCGCACACGCACGACGACGUCGGUUGGUUGAAGACCCCAGACCAGUACCUGUGGGGCGCGAACAACACCAUUCAGGUGGCAGACGUCUCGCUGAUCCUCGACGCGGUCACGCGGGAGCUGGCCAGGGACCCGAUGAGAACGUUUGUCUACGGCGAGGUGUUCUUCCUCUCUCACUGGUGGCGGCAGCAGGACCGCUCCACGCACGACCUCGUGCGGUCCCUCGUCGGGUCCGGGCAGCUCCAGCUGGUCAACGGCGGGUGGGUGCAGCACGACGAGGCGACCGCGGCGUUCCCGGACAUGCUCGACCAGACGGCGCGCGGCCACGCGUUCCUCAAGGCCGCCCUCGACGUCUCGGACGCCCGCUGCAUCGUCGGGUGGCAGAUCGACCCCUUCGGCCACUCCGCGGCGCACGUGGACCUCCUGACGCGGCUGCACGCCCCGGGGCUGUUCUUCGGGCGCAUGCACCACGAAGAGCUGAACGCGCGGCGCAGGGCCGGCGAGCUCGAGUUCCGCUGGGACCCGUUCGGCAACGGGGAGGGGGGGGUCCUGACGCGCGCGUCGUGGAGCGGCAACUACGGCCCCCCGCCGUCGUUCAACUUUGAGACGUUCGUCGGCGACGAGCCCGUGAUGGACGAUCCGAGCGAGGUCGCGUGCAACGCGGCGCGGCGGGCGUGGGAGUUCGUGCGGGCCGCGCAGGACAUUGCAGAGUUCUACUCGCCGCGUCAGUCUGAGGGCGGCGUCGGGGACGAGAUGCGGCACGUGAUGGUCGAGAUGGGCACGGACUUCACGUACAUGGGCGCGGGGGCGUGGUUCCGCAACAUGGACCGGCUGCGCGCGCACGUCGAGCGGCUGUUCCCGGGCUCGAUUCGCGUCGUGUACUCAACGCCGCUGAGCUACCUCACGGCCAAGUACGGCAGCCAGGCGCUGGGCAUCGACGACGCCAGCUGUCCGCAGGCGCCGUGGAUGGGACGGCAGCGCAGCGGGAGCGCGGGAGGCGGCGAGGUCCCAGCGGCAGCCUCGCGACGGCUCGCAAUGGAUGUUGGAGCGGUCGGGCGGCAGCAGGGAGCGCUGGCGGCCAUCAGCGGCGCUUGGGGUCGCGCGUACGGCUCCGUUUCCAUCGGGGACGUGCCUGUGCGGGGCGGCGACUUCUUUCCGUACGCCGACAACCCCCACGCGUACUGGAUCGGGUACUUCACGAGCCGGCCGGCGCACAAGUACCUGGCGCGGCACGCGUCGAACGUUCUGCGAGCGGCGCGCGCCAUGGCGGCGCUCUGCGGGCCCCGAUGUGGCGAUUCGCGGGACUUCCUGGACCCGCUUGAGAGCGCCGUGAGCACCAUGCAACACCACGACGCUAUCACGGGCACUGCAAAGCAGCACGUGGCGGAUGACUACGCCCGUCGGCUGCACGGCGGCGUGCAAGCGACGCUCAAGCUGGCGCAGGAGUACCUCGGGGGCAGCUGGCAGCUCUGUCCUCUUGCGAACGCGUCCUACUGCAUGGAGACGAUGGACGUGGAGGCGUUCGAGAUGGCGUCGUUCAACUCCCUGGGGUGGUCCGCGGCGUCGUGGGUGACGCUGCCGGUGUCCGCAGACACGGUGCGCGCCCUCCUGGAGGGCCUCGCCCCGUGCUGA